AUGUUAUCAGAUCAUUUUCAAAAUGGGGUGGACACGGCGAAGCUGAUGUGGUCACGGAUUCCGGCGAUGGCGGAGGAGGAGGAGGAGGAAGACGGCGGCGAGGUGGGUCCGUCAUCAACAAAGGGCAAUGGGAGCACUGUGGAAAGUCUCGAUUAUGAAGUUGUUGAAAAUUAUGCUUACAGGGAAGAACAGGAGGCUAAAAGAGGAAAGCUUUAUAUGGGAUAUGCUGUUGUGGUGAAAUGGUUCUUGGCGUUACUAAUUGGAAUUGGCACAGGACUUGCUGCUGUUUUCAUUAAUCUUUCUGUUGAAAAUUUUGCGGGAUGGAAGUUCUCAUUGACAUUUCAAAUUAUUCAGAAGUCAUAUUUUGCUGGAUGUCUGGUGUAUAUUUUGAUCAACUUGGUGCUAGUAUUAUCUUCUGUAUAUAUUAUCACACACUUCGCACCAGCAGCGUCAGGAUCAGGGAUUCCUGAAAUAAAGGGUUAUCUAAACGGAAUUGACACACAUGGUAUCCUUCUUUUCAGAACUUUGAUUGGAAAGAUUUUUGGAAGCAUAGGUUCAGUGGGAGGUGGUCUUGCCCUUGGCAAAGAAGGGCCGCUUGUACAUAUUGGUGCUUGUAUUGCUUCUUUGCUUGGACAAGGCGGAUCCACAAAAUAUCACCUGCGGUCAAGGUGGCUCCAAGUUUUUAGCAGUGAACGGGAUCGUCGUGAUUUGGUGACUUGUGGAUGUGCAGCCGGAGUUGCUGCUGCUUUUAGAGCUCCAGUAGGUGGGGUAUUAUUUGCUCUUGAAGAGGUCACUUCUUG